AGUGUGUAUAUAUACUGUGUUUCCCUUCGUGUUCAAAAUCCAGAGAGCUACCUCAAAAUACGGGACAGCUUAUUUUUACAUUAUAGCUUCUCUCCGUAUGUUAAUGUUAUUACAUCUAACCGAAUCUUUUGCCAAGUUUUUCUCAGUUUUUCAAAGUUAUUUUAUUUUAUUUUUCUUUUCUUUUCUCUCCUUCCUUCUGCCACCCUAAAUAAUCUCUCUUUGUCGUUCUAAUCUUUCUCACACCACAAUAAUCAAAACCCAUUUCUUCAACUCGAUUCAGUCGCAAGAUAGCGAGUCAUGGACCAGUGACACAAUGUAAAUCCCUUUGCUUUUCCUUUUCAGCUGUAGAAGUGAUAUUGAGAUUGCUUAACUGAGAAAAAAGUAGAGACCUUUUUCAACAUUUUUGAUUAAUGGAGAACGAUCAAACCUCGGCAACCCUUGAAGUUGAACUGCCAGAUGGAAAAACCCUAGAAGCUUUAAACCCCGAGUAUUGUAAUAAUCUAGAAAAAGCUUCUGGGUCGUGUGAGCUAUUUGGCUUAAGUGAGAAUUGUACUGAUGUAGAACCAAAUUUGGAGAUUGCCGUACAAGAAAAUGGGAGUGGAGUUGUUGGUGUCGGUAAUGUGGAAUUAAUGAAAGGAAUUGAUGGCAUUGAAGUAGAGAAUUUGGAUGCUAGUGCAAAUACAAUGGAUGCUUUUGAUGUGAAUUAUAUCGGAAUAAAGGAGGGUUCUUUGGUGAAUAAUAGGGCAGUUGAGAAUGAAAAGGAUUCUCCCGUGGCUGAAUUAAAUGAGAAUGUAGUAGAUUCAGGCAGUACUGUGAUUGAAGAAGUUGGUAAUACUGCGAAAGAUGAGGAGUUGAAGGACGAGUUGUUGGAAAUUACUGGCGUUUCAUCUGGUCGUAAAUUAGAGGUUUGUGGAGGCAAAAUAUCACUUUACGUUGAUUUUUCUAAUUCUCUAAGCAAGGUUAAUUUUAGCAAUCUCAAUGGGAUGGAUUGUUCUGGGUUGUUGAUUAACCAAGAGGAGUCUAAAGAGGAUGGUAAUAAGGAGGAGAUGGAAAAGUCAGUUGGGAAGUUCUGUGUGGGUGAUAUUGUAUGGAUUAAAACUAAAAAUCAGUCUUGGUGGCCAGGAAAGAUUUAUGAUCCGCUAGAUGCAAACAAAUGUUCUCUGGAGAGUGACCAGAGGAACUGCCUGCUGGUUGGGUAUUUUGGGAUUAGCCACAUUGCUUGGUGUUUGCCGUCUCAGUUACAGCCUUUCCAUGAGAACUUUGAACAGAUGGCCGGGCAGAACAAGGCCAGAAGCUUCCUGGGAGCAGUAGAGAAGGCAGUGGAUGAGUUUGGUAUGUGCCUGAAAUCAGAAAUGACUUGUUCUUGUUUCCUCAAAAAGUGUAAGCAAUCAUCUGGUAAUGUUGGAAUUCAAGGAGAUUUGCCUUUGCCAGGGUGCAGAUUUCGUGAAUUUUCAUUUACUCGGUUGGAACCAGUGAAUUUUCUUGCUCAAAUAAAGAGUCUUGCACUGGCUGUUUCCAAGAUUGGCAUGCUUGACUUAGCUUUUGCAAAGAAUUUUGUGUCAGCAUUUUAUCAUUCCAUAGGGCAUAGUCAAUUGCCUAUGCAACAACUCUUGGAAUGCACUGAUGACCAGGAUUGUCUCAGCAAUAAGUUAAUGGUGAAAAGCAGUAUUGAUGCUCAAGUUGAAGGCCGAAAUUCAGGACCUGCCAAUGGGGAGUCGCGAAGCACAGAGGAGAAAGUUCUGCAGCAAAAGAAGAAUGAAGACCUGGCCAUGGUUUAUGGAAGGAACGUGGACACUGAAAUGGAGAAUUGCAAAGACAAUCUUGCUGAAGGAAAUGUGGUCCCAAAUGAUCUGGCAUCAGAUUCCAAGAAGAGAAAGAGGAAGAAGUUUUCUGAAGUCAAAGUUGAAGGUCAAGAUGUCUGCCUAUCAGCUUCUCCAUCUCAGGAGGAGGAAAGCUGUAACUUGAGAUCUCCAACAACAAUGGAUAAGUGCACCGAGUUGAGAGAAAGGAAGAAGAGCAAGUACUUGUCAUAUCCAUAUGUCAAUUGGGAACAAAAAGACAUGGCAAGUGAAACAGAAGACCCCAAGUCUCAAGAGGCAGAACAUGAGAUUACUGGCCAAUUUAUUGGAUCCCAUUUGGUUUCUAAAUCUAGUGGCAAGAGGUUUCAGAAGAAAUGGUUCAAAAAAUUCAUAAGUGGGAAUGAUGCAUCCAGUAACCCAGAGUUGAUAAAUGCAUCUGUGGCUGAUUUACUUUCUGAACUGUGUUUCACUGCUGUGGAUUGUCUGUAUCCGAACGGAAGUAAAAAUUUUGAUGUAACAGAGUGGUUCUUUUCAAAGUUCAGAAUAUCAGUAUAUCAUGACGAGUCCAUUUAUGAGAUGCAUUGCAAAAAUGUGAUUGAGGGCAGUAAUGAGGCGUUGCUGGAAAAAGAUACAGAAGAGACAAGCCAGACAUUGCUGGAUCUCAAGAAUGAGCAGAAGAUACAGAAGAAAAAGAAAAAUGGAAACUCAGCUAGAUCAAAGAAUAAAUCUAUUCAUGGUUUGUCUGAUGUCAAUAUAAACAUUGCUACUAAUGGCUUAUUUGGAAAAGAUUCCUGUGAGAUGGGCCCUCCCACACCUAGUGGAAAACCUGGACCAAAGAAGAAAAAGAAGCAAGGAACAACUCCUACAGGUCUACAGACCAACCAAAUGACUAGCAUACCAGACUUGAAUUGCAAUGGUGCCAUGACCAAUUUGUUGGUAGAAAAUUCUGAGUUGAUGGGCCAUGUAGAACCUGAGCCAAAUGGGAGUGAGAAGAAAGCAGGUUCAGUGGAUGUAAGUUUAAGUACUGUAGAACCCGGCACACUGUUAGCAGGUUUACAGGUGAUGCAUCCAUUUUCAAUAAAUACUAUUCCUGAACAAAGCAGGAAUGAUGUAUUUACUGUCACUUCAAACGGGAACUCUGUAAUUCCAGGACUGUUACACAAAGAACCUCCUUUUUAUGGUCCACUCACUGCGGAUGGUAAGCCAGGGCCAAAAAGGAGGAGGAGGAGAAAGGAAAAAUCAACUUCUGAGCAGACUACAGUUGCUGCCAGUGAUGCUGCUUUAAAUGGGAACGCUGUUGAACCCAGCAUUUUGGCCCAAUCUGAGAAGAAGAGAGGAAGAAAAGGAGAAAGUAAAUCACAGCGACCAAGAAAAAAAUCAGCUGUGGGCAUACCAAAUAUAAACAUGCAUUUCAAUAAAGUGGGGACUAAUGGGGAAGUUCCAGGGACUGCUCUGCUCUUGACCUUUGCUCCAGGAGUCUCAUUGCCAUCAAAAGAAGUUCUGGUUGCUACAUUUAGCAGGUUUGGGCCCUUGAAGGAAUCAGAGAUACAGUUGUUGAAAGAUUCCGGUACUGCCCAAGUUGUUUUUGUGUCCAGUACUGAUGCUGCAGAAGCAGUUAGGAGUUUAGAGAAUAGCCAUCCUUUUGGUGCAACCCUGGUCAAAUACCAACUUCGUCUUCUUCAGGCGGCUGGAUUCUGGAGUACUGCAAAACCCCAUGGGACAAUGCCAAACCCUGCUGAGGCACCUCCUAUUGACUUCAUUAGGCAGAAUCUGGAGAUCAUGACAUCAAUGCUGGAGAAGUCAGGAGAUAAUCUUUCUCCUGAAAUGAGAGCCAAAUUAGAGAGUGAGAUCAAAGGUCUUUUGAAAAAGGUGAGCUCCAUGCCUAGUUCAUCCUCUUCUUAAUUGAAAUAUUUAGUUACUGAAUCCUAUGUUAUGUUAUUUACUGGAGUAGAGUAGAGAUCUUUAGGUUGUUUUCAGAAUCUCCUUUUAUUAGCUGUUGCUUUUGUAAUCUGCUCUCUCCCUAACGUUAAUGUUGGAACUGCAUUAAGAGGGUAUAUGCAAGUGGCUAAAAAUAAGGAAAGCCUAAAUGUAUCAAUAUGAUUGUUUGUUUCAUCUUUGAA